AUGGUAACUGCUAGCGAUAUCGCAAUUGUUGGAUACUCCUUCAAGCUUCCCCAAGACACUAACGAUGAUGCAAGCUUCUGGGAGGUGCUUCAAGGCCGGCGCAAUCUGAUGACUGACUGGCCUGAAGGUCGUGUCAAGACAGAGUCGUUCGCUAGUAAUAAGCAUCAGAAGUGGAAUGGAAAGGGAGGUCAUUUCAUCAACGACGAUGUAGCUGCUUUUGAUGCUCCCUUUUUCUCCGUUACGGCGAAAGAAGCGGCAUCCAUGGACCCGAUGCAGCGCUGGACACUGGAAACUACCUAUCGUGCUUUUGAGAAAGCGGGUAUUCCAGCCGAGAGUCUCAAGGGUUCCCGCACUGCUGUGUUCUCUGCCUCUAUGCUGGAGGACUACAGUAGAAUGGGAGCCAUGGACCCGGACUACCUGGAACGAACUGCAGUAACUGGAAGUACUGUUUCCUGUGUCAUACCGAACCGCGUCAGUUGGUACUUCGACCUACGCGGGCCGAGUAUUCAUAUCAAUACAGCAUGCUCUAGUAGCUUGUCGGCUGUUGAUAUGGCCUGUAAGGUCCUGGAUAGUGGCGAUGCUACAUGUGCCGUUGUAACCGGUGCCAACCUUCUUCUCGAUCCGAGCAUCUUCCAGGUACUAUCUAAUCAAGGGUUUCUCUCCCCAGAUGGCGUUUGCUACAGCUUUGACCAACGAGCCAACGGCUACGCACGAGGAGAAGGCAUCAUUGCUCUUAUUCUAAAGCCAGUGCAUACAGCGAUUGAGGACGGGGAUACGAUUCGAGCUGUGAUUCGGUCAAUUGGCUCUAACCAGGAUGGAAAGACUCCGACUCUUACCCAACCUAGUUCACAGGCUCAGGAGGAGCUGAUCCGUCACGUUUAUGAGCAAGCAAACCUUGAUAUUAGCAUGACUCGAUAUGUUGAGGCGCACGGAACCGGAACGCCCGUUGGUGACCCAAUCGAGAUGAAAGCCAUUGGCCGAUGUUUUCAAGAGUCCCGUUCAUCUUCAGAACCCCUGUUUGUUGGCUCUGUCAAAGCAAAUAUCGGGCAUCUUGAAGGAGCCAGUGCACUUGCAAGCUUGGUCAAAUGCACCUUGAUCCUUGAAAAGGGUAUUAUACCUCCCAAUGCGCUUUUUGAAAAGAUUAAUCCAGCCCUGAACGCCGGAUUUUACAAAGCUGAAAUACCAAAAGGAAGCAUUGAAUGGCCUGGCACAGGGAUUCGUCGUAUAUCUAUCAAUUCUUUUGGAUUCGGCGGCUCAAACUCACACAUCGUACUUGAUGAUGCGUUCCACUAUAUGCAAGAUCGAGGCUUGAAGGGGAUACACAACACGAACCCUCUUCCAGGGUCUAUGCCAAAUGGCCGUCCAGUGACGAGCAAAGAUCAUACAGCCCAUACCAAGGGAACCGAUGGCACCAAGAGUUCAAAAUACAGACCCAGACUGCUCGUAUGGAACGCCGCAGAUGAGCAAGCAUCCAAGCGAACAAUCGAAGCCCACCAAAAGUUCUUUGAGGAAAGGAUCUCAGGUCACCCCGAGUUGCUGGAUCGAUUGGCGUACACUCUGGGUGCUAGGCGAAGCAAGAUGCUUUGGAGAGCCUUUUCAGUGAUUGACAAUGGACCGACAAACCAGAUUUUGGCACUAUCGAAGCCAAUUCGAAGCUCUGAUGACCUAGGCAUGGCAUUUGUUUUCACAGGACAAGGAGCGCAGUACAUCAACAUGGGCUUGGGACUUGAGCAGUACCCCAUCUACAAUGAGACUUUGACCAAGAUCAACGAUAUUUACACUAGCUUUGGCUGCGCAUGGAAUUUGUUUGAGGAACUGGGCUGUGGCGAAAACAUCGAUAAGCCUGAGUACAGCCAGCCGCUAUCUACAGCCAUCCAGAUUGCGUUGUACGAAUUGUUAGUCAGCUUUGGUAUUACACCCAAGGUUGUCGUUGGUCACUCCUCGGGAGAGAUUGCUGCUGCCUAUGCUUCAGGAGGGUUGUCCCUGACAUCCGCCUGCAAAGCGUCCUACUUCCGUGGUCUUUUGGCCGGCAAGUUACGAGAGGCAAAAGUUUCAUCUCCAGGCGCCAUGUUGUCCAUCAAUCUUGCGGCACAUGAAGUCCCAGAGUUCCUGGCAAAGACAGGCAACACUUCGGUCAAUGUUGCAUGCAUCAACAGUCCUCUCAGCAGCACGCUCUCGGGCCUCGAGGAAGCCAUUGAUGCGAUCAAGGCUCAAGCUGAUCUUGACGGAAUCUUUGCGCAGAAGCUGAGGACCGGAGUGGCGUAUCAUUCACCAUCUAUGAAAGCCAUCGCGGACGAGUAUCUUGCCGCUCUCGGCGACCUCAACCCCGAGAAAAAGGAUGAAGUCGAAAUUCCCAUGAUAUCAUCUGUCACAGGUAAAUUGAUUUCCCAUGAGACAUCGUCGACUGGACAAUACUGGGUUGACAAUAUGUUGUCUCCCGUUCUAUUUGCCCAAGCCUUACAGGCUAUGACGAGCAAAGAAUCAGCAAAGAAGCUGGGCCUGGGCAAUAUUACCAACCUCGUCGAGAUAGGACCUCACCCUGCCCUACGCAGGCCAGUCAAAGAUACUUUGAGUUCACUGGGGAACCCUAAGAAAGAAGUACGCUACGCCUACCCACUCCAUCGAUCGCAUCUAGCCACUCAAACGACACUGGAACUGGUAGGACAACUCUUCUGCCAAGGCUACGAUAUCUCAAUCCCAGCAGUGAAUCAGCAGUCCGCCAAGGGGAAAUUCUUAGUUGAUUGUCCCGAAUACCCAUUUGACCAAGCACAGAGAUACUGGACAGAGUCACGCUUAAGUCGGGAUUUCAGGUUGCGCGGCUCAGUCAAAGGAGCAAUGCUCGGAGUUCGAGCAUCUGAUUGGAACCCUCUAGAACCUCGAUGGAGGAACUUUUGGAGCAUUGAGUCAUCGCCAUGGAUUAGAGAUCACAAGAUCAGUGAUACCGUGCUAUUCCCUGCUUCGGGAAUGCUUAUCAUGGCUAUGGAAGCUACUCAACAGAUGGUUCCUUCAGGCCAGCCAGUUGCUGGAUAUUUGAUCCACAGAGCUGAGUUUAUAAGUCCCAUAAUCGUGCCAGAAGCUUGGGAGGACCGAGUCGAGACCCAAGUGAGGCUCCGAACUCUUAAGACACAGCAAAAUGUCAAAUUCGAUGUUACCAUCUUCACAUACUCGCGCGGUGAAUGGAUCGAGUGUUUCCGCGCUAAUACCCAAAUUGACUAUAAAGAGUCAAGUGAGACAAAUGAGAGACGAUUUACUCACGAAUACUUGCGAGACCAAUAUCACAGAACAGCCAAGUCAUGCUCUUUACCAGUUGACUCGCGUGUCCUCUACCACGGCGCCGAGGAUAUAGGCCUUCAAUAUGGAGAUUGGUUCCAAUUGCUCCGGAAUAUUCACUGGGAUGGUGUGACUUCGGCCGUGGCACUUGUUGAUCUGCCUAGAUUGAAGUACGACACCACGAGCUUGGUUCAUCCCGCAAUCCUGGACCAGGCUUUCCAUGUUCUUCGGGCUAGUGCAGGUCAACAGCCCGCUGCAAAUGUUCCUGUACGGCUGGAGGAUGCCUGGUUCUCUGCAGACGGGUGGCAGAAAUCUCGGACAAAUUCAGUACGCUGGUCUUCUAAGUCGGCGUUGACUGUUUAUGGCUAUGGAGAACAGGGCUCUAUCACCGCUCUCGCUGAAGAUGGGACUAUCUUAUGUUCUAUUGAGAAUGCUGUCACUGCAGCUGUGUCCAGAGAAACUACCGAAAAGGAGAGAAAACUCGUCCACUCAGUCGAGUGGAAGCCACAGUUGGACCAACUGAGCCCCAAGCAACUAACACAGGUGCUCAACGCCAAUGCUCCGUCCAAAGACGACAGUGCAGUUCUAGCAAACCAUUCAAAACUCUGUCGUGCAUUGGAGCUUGUUGCUGCUCGCACCCUGAAACGUAUCGACAAGGCCAAAGUCCCUGAAGACCUGCUUCGUCAUGUCGAAUGGAUGGAGCACCAUGUCAGCAAACUAUCUCGUAAACAGCAACUCGAAGCAGACACCAUCAUCGACGAUGAUGUUGAAGCUCGACUGAUGGAAGUCGAUUCUGUCCUUCCAGCCUGGAAACUCUACACAACCUGUGCUCGAAAAUUACCAGAGAUUCUAGCUGGCGAGCUAGAUCCACUCCAGGUCGUUUUCGAAUCUGACCAGGCCGACAUUUUCUAUUCGCACCUAUUCCAGAACUUGUGUGCAGAUGGCCGACUCAACUACCUGCUAGACUUAACUUCCCAUCAGAAUCCAGCUCUUAGGGUUCUUGAGGUUGGUGCUGGCACAGGUGGUAUGACAGGACAUGUUAUCUCAGCGUUGCAGGAGCGCGAGAAACGCACUGGAGGGCUGAGCUUCUCUGAGUAUACAUACACGGACAUAUCUCCCGCCUUCUUCGAGACUGCCAGUCAAAGAUGGCCAGAUCUUCAUUCCCAAGGCCGCAUCAGUUUUAAGACACUCGACCUGGCCCGAUCCAUCGAGAGUCAAGGCUUUGAGCCCCAGUCUUACGACUUGGUCAUAGCCGCCAGUGUGUUGCAUGCAACUCCAUACCUGGAAGCAACUACUCGCAACGUCCAAAAAGCUCUGAAGCCAGGUGGCCGUCUGAUACUCCUCGAGGUCAUCAAUCCGGAUGAUAUUGCUACCAACUUCAUGGCUGGACUUGUGCCGGGCUGGUGGGUUGCCCGCGAGGAGUGGAGGCCGCAUUCCGCUGCUAUACCCGAGAAUUUGUGGGAUAAGUGUCUACGAGACAAUGGCUUUUCGGGGAAUGAUGUGGUGAUUCGAGAUUAUCCGGAUGAUGAGUGUCAUAUCAUGAGCGUUAUUGUCACCACUGCCGUUACGGAACCGACCGAAGCUGUUGAACAAGCAACGAAGAAGGGCCGCAUUUUUAUACUCAUCGAUGAACACGAGUCACAACAGCAGAGACAACUUGCUGAUGGUGUGAGACGUCAACUAGAUCCUGACGGAAGCCGACGUACGACCAUUGUUGCCUUUUCCUUGGACCAACUUCGAAGUCAGCUAGCAGAGUUGACGAGUGAUGACUGUGUCAUCUGCCUUUCUGAAGCAGGUGGCAGACCGCUUCUUUCAUCUUUAUCGGACAGCGAGUUUACUUGUCUCCAGUUCUUGAUCAGCAAGAUCUCCAAUCUUCUCUGGGUCACUUCAACCAAUGCAGCCACACCCGACUUUCCGGAUUAUAGUAUUGCCCAAGGCUUCUUCCGUUCCAUUCGUGCCGAGCAGCCUGAUACUCACAUCGUCACUUUGUCCAUACAAGAUGAGGCAGAGAAUGGUCCAUGCACAGAACCCAUCUCUCAAGUGUUCCAGGCUACUUUCGACUCGGCCGCGCCUUCGAAGGAUGUUGAGUACGUUGUUCGGGACGGUCUCAUUACGACAGGCCGGGCUAUAGAAGACAUCGCUACGAACAAAUUGGUACAAUCUCUUACCUCACCCCAGGUACAGCAGAGAGCUUGGGGCGAUGGGCCGGCCUUGAAGCUUUCGAUGGGAAAACCUGGAACACUUGAUUCACUCCAAUUCAUCGAGGAUGACGUCCAUGCCACCGAACUUGGCCCAUUUGAGAUUGAGAUUGAGGCCAAGGCAUGGGGUCUAAGCUCCCGAGAUCUUGGCAUUGCACUUGGUCAUCUUGACGCUCGUAAUGAGACGUUUGGUAGCGACUGUGCUGGUAUUAUCAAGCGAAUUGGCCAUAAAUGCGACAUGUCAAUACAACCAGGUGAUCGUGUUGGUAUGAUGGCGCCUGGCUGUCUUCAAAAGUAUCCUCGUGCACACGAAGCUAGCGUGUUCAAACUACCAGACGCACUAUCCUUCGAAGCAGCUGUUUCUACAAUUGCUCCUGGAUUGGCUGCUUGUUACUCAGUGCACAAUGUCUCUCAGCUACAGGAGGACGACAAGGUCUUGGUCCACUCAGCGGCCGGGGGUGCAGGACAGAUAGCCGUUAGACUCGCCCAGAUGCUUGGCGCUCACGUCUUUGUUACUGCUUCAUCAGCCGAGGAGAAGCAGUUCUUGAUCGACACGCUUGGCAUCGCUACAGAACAUAUCUUCGAUAGUAAGAGCGCAUCGUUCCCUCAGGUAGUGAUGCGGGCCACCGGACGUUGCGGCGUCGAUGUCGUACUCAACUUCUCUGACCAGGAUACCUUAAAUCAGUCGUUUUCUUGCUUAGCCAUUGGCGGGCGGUGCAUCCAUGUUGGCAGUAUCAACAAUGCAGACGAUCUGGUGCUGCCCACAAAGCUCCUGACUAGAAAUGUGACAUUCUCGUCCGUUGAUGUGUUGAGUCUGAGCCCCAAGGUCAUCGGUCAACUAUCCAAGAUAAUGAUGAAACUACUAGACAACAGCAAGAUUCAGCUGCCACAGCCGUUGCGAGCUUUUGAAGUGCCUCAAAUUGACAAUGCAUUCAGAGAGCUGCAAGAAAACGAAAGGCUGGGACGUGUGGUGAUCACGGUGAAGCCUGAUGAUGUGGUUCCGCAAUUUAUUAAAAACAGUCGGCCAUGGAACUUUGACGAGGACUCAACAUAUUUGGUGGCUGGAGGAUCUGGAGGCCUCGGACGAGCCAUUACAAAGUGGAUGGUCAGCAGAGGGGCCAAACACCUGAUCGUACCCUCUCGAUCCGGUGCCACUUCUCAGGCUGCUGCUCAACUGUUAUCCGAGCUACGUUCUCGCGGCGUGAAUAUCGUUGCGCCCAAGUGCGAUGUAUCGCUCCGGGAGAAUAUGGCAAACAUGUUGCAAGACUGUGCACGCACCAUGCCACCCAUAAAAGGCUGCAUCAACGCCGCAAUGGUGCUCCAAGAUGCCAUCUUCCAGACUAACAUGACAUUCAAGCAGUGGGGUCUCACCAUGCGUUCCAAAGUACAGACAUCGAAGAACCUGCAUGAACUCUUACCGAAGGAUCUUGACUUCUUCAUCCUCCUCUCAUCUCUUGCUGGUGUUGUUGGCCAAAUGGCCAGCGCCAACUAUGCAGCUGGUUGUUCAUAUCAGGAUUGCCUGGCUAGCUAUCGUGUAGCACAUGGCCAGAAAGCGCUUUCUCUCGAUAUUGGUUGGAUGCGGAAUAUUGGUAUCAUUGCUGAGUCAGAAGCAUAUCAGCGUCAACGACAGACGUCUAAUGACAUGCAGCCCAUCGACGCCAAAGAGCUGCUUUCAUUACUAACUCUAUGCUGCGACCCAAAUAAUCCGCCUGUGCUACCGCCUCAAGCCCAAGGCCAAAUUCUUUUCGGCCUCCGCACGCCUGCGGAUAUUCUCAAGGAAGGCCAGCAACCUCCUGCUCUAUUAGAGCAACCGCUUCUCGCCACCUUCUCGAACCUGGUAGACGGGAAAAAUCCCGCCUAUCGCGAGAUUGAUCACAUUGAGAAUGCGAGGGACCUCUUUCAACAGUCUUCAGAAGCUAAAGAGCGGCAGCAAAUUGUCAUACGAGCUAUAGCAGCCAAGCUUGCUCGUGCCAUGUCCAUCUCAGCUGACGACGUUGAGUCAAGCAAGCCACUAUCUUCGUACGGAGUCGACUCACUCAUGGCGGUGGAGCUGAGGAAUUGGAUCAACAAGGAGUUCAGUGCCACAGUUGCUGUUUUUGAUAUCAUCGGCGGGGUACCCAUUGCAAGUAUUGCGGAAGGAAUAGAAGCGAAGAGUUCGAUUUAG